GAGGGCUUGUGGAAUGAGGAGUACAAACAGCUGAUUGAAAUCGAUCAUUCGCUCAUGUUCACUCGCUAUUGUGUGGUAUUGUUCCAUCUCUCAAGCUCUUGUUGUGUCUUCAGGCGACCCAGUGGGUAAUGCUGACUGAGCACUGUGCCAUGCGCAGCUCAGGUUUGUGAUUGACUCCCUGCAAUACCUUCAGUCUACACAGACGGAUUGGACUCUCUCUAAAACCCUCCUGUGCAGGCUGUGAUCCACACAAUGAGUGCCUCUCACUGCAUGCUGGCACUGCUGCUCGCGUGUCUCAUCCAGGGGUUAGUCUGCCAGUGGUCUGUCUGGGUUGAUACUUCUGCGUCUGCUUGGGAAGGCGAAACUGUGCUUUUGAACUGCUCUUUUGAGUACCCGGAAACAGUCCGAGAUACCCAAGCAAUAACUGCCAGGUGGCUGAAGAACUCUCCUUUCCCCAAUAACAAUCAGGCUGCCGAAAUAUACAACAGCAGGAAUACCAGGAGGCUCUCGCCUGACAUAACAUUGGUGGGGGAUCUGUCUGAGAAGAACUGUUCCCUUCAGAUAACCAACAUUAACAAAGUUGACAGUGGGAUUUACUACUUCAGGUUUGAAAUGGGACAGGGCAACAACUGGUCAGGAGAUCAUGGCGUCAGAGUCUCAGUUUACGGUCAACCAACGAAGCCAGAGAUAUCCAUCCCGAUGGAACUGCUUGAAAGCGAUGAGAUGAGCACUAUAACCUGUUCCACCUCCAACGUUGAUCAACGUGGCAGAGCCCGGCUCAGCUGGGAGGGCAUCUCUGAAUUGACAGAAGAUUUGCCAGUCAUUGAAGAGCAAUUGUCUGGAUCUACCUGGACAGUCAUCAGUAAAGUCAUGUUCAUCCCAUCAUACCAGCACCAUCAAAAACUUAUCAGAUGUGCUGUAGACUACAUCCCCUUCCCUUAUUCAGAAGACACGAAUGUCACACUACAAGUGAAGUAUGCUCCAAAAAAUACAAUGGUUUUAGUGAAUGGAACGCAGGAAGAAAUCAAAGAAGGGAAUUGUGUGACCCUGGCUUGUGCGAGUAACAGUCACCCUGAAUCCAAUUACACCUGGUACAAGAAAGAUAGAAUCACGGAGAACACAGAGAUCUUAGAUACCACAAGCAACGUCAUGUUGUUCCAUAAGAUAUCCAGGUUAGAUUCCGGGUUCUACAGCUGCUUGGCAGCGAAUUAUCUGGGAAGCAACAUCGCCACAGAAGUAGAAGUCGACGUUCAAUACAAACCCGAUAAGGUCACCAUCACCCAAGACUUGAUGUAUACGUGUGUGGCUGAGGCCAGCCCUCCUGCGAAGAUCACAUGGAAGAUCAGUGACCCCAGUAUAAAUCUCACUAAUCCUGCGGUCAGUAUAAUGCAGGACGUCAAUGGCACUCAUUCAAGUAGCACACUCAAUCUGGAUACAACGGCCAACUUUUGUGUAUCCUGCCUUGCUCAGAACAAACAUGGGGUCACAGUCUCAGAGAAAUGUCCACCAGGCUCCUAUACCAGGAUGCUGCUGCUGAUUGUGGGCCUCAUUGCUGGGACUACCGUAGCCAUCAUAAUCUUUGUUAUCGUGUCAUGGAAACGGAAGAAGCAAGUCAUCGAAGGAAGAGAAUUGGAAAAUGAGGCACAGCCAGUGAUGUACACUGAAGUGCAAACAGCAAAAAAGGGUGCCCAGGGAGCUCCAGCCGAGGCCCAUGGCAGGCGGGAUAAGGAAUUUGCCUACGCCAACUUGCAGCAUGAGCCAAACGGCAAGCAGCAGGUGAAAGGGCAGAGCGAGCUAGUGGAGUUUGUGGGCACAGUGUGAGGAUCUGCUGGGAGACUGCAGUGCACGCCUCCCUCCACUCUGUCAAACUAUACUUGAGAAGAUUGAAAACGGAUUAAAAUGUAAACAAAGUGUAUGCGGCUAUCUCGGGGCAAACCCAUUUGGGAACAAAACUUGGACUUUGUGCGGGAGAGGGAGGGAGGGAGGUAAUCUGUAUUUUAUUUGCUUUCUAUUCCAUUGGAAAAAUUAUAAAAUGUUUCUAAAUCACAGUUUAGAAUCUCCAAAAUCUCAUACGUGUAUGUAUCAAACAUCUCACGGAGAAGUACAUUUAGUCUUUGUAAGUGAUCCUUCCAGAGAGUAACGUUUUGAAGAACAAAGUGUUAAAGCAGAGAAUCAUUGAAAGCUGUAAAACUAAGAUAACAUUGAAUGAAAUGGAAAACAUGUGCCCUUUUUUGUCCUGUUUCUCAUGCUGUUAUAUUGAAGGUGACACCAAGACUGCAAUCUAACCAAUCGAGUUUGUGCAUUAUCUAGGAUUGAGUUUGUUUUGGGGCAGAAAGGCCUAUUUAUGUGCUGUAAUAUUUCUAUGAUUCCAUAAUUGGCACAUACAAAAAUUUGUCAAAUUCCUCCCCUUUGAUACCAAAUCUGUUUUACUAUUUAAAAAAAAACUCGGUGUUUCAUGCUGAAAUCAGCUACAGCCAUUGAUGGUUGGGCAUCUAUUGCCAAUGUUAUACAGACCUGAAACCUGUACAGUAUGGGACCGGGGGGUGGGGGGGAAUGAUUCUCUUUAAUACCCGCAGACAUGUGGGAGAUUUGUGAGCUAUCUGUGCAGAGCCUAAUACAAGCAUGUAAACAUCC